AACAGGUGAGCGCGCGCAGCUGGCUGCUCGCUCUCGGCGGUUGACAGAUGGAGCUUGUUUGACUCGGGACUCGCGGCUGAAAGCGUUUGUUGAAACCGGGACGAAAUUGACGUCUCUUUUUUCUUUGUCCGCAAUGAAAGGUGAACAGACUGAAAACGGAGAAGACUCAGCGAACUUGCAGAGCAAAAUCCUGAUCGACCAGCUGAGGGAGAUCACUGGCAUCCAGGACCCUCAGAUUCUCUACAGAGCUUUGAAUGCCAGUCAGGGUGACAUUGGAAAUGCUGUUGGACUGCUGACAACCGAGUCUGCUGAGGUUCAGGAUCCUGGAGAACCACAGGAGUUGGUGACCUCUGCGGAUGCCUGGGAGGGCCAGAAAGGACUUCCAAAAGAUGAACUGCAGACGGCCAUAGAACUCAGCCUGCAGGAGUCCCACAAUGCCCAGGAAGAGGAGAGAGAAUUUAAUAGGGCUCUCGAGGCCAGUGCAGAGGAGAAUGCGAUGAAAAUGAAGAGGAAGAGAUGUGAAGGCCAGAGGGAUAUGUGCAGCCCUGCAGACUGGAUCCGUCAGGACGACUGGCCCGUUGGCAUUCGCAAUCUUGGCAACACCUGCUGGUUCAGUGCCGUCAUCCAGUCACUGUUCCACCUGCCCGUGUUCAGGAGGCUGGUUCUCAGCUACCAUCUGUCUGAGCGAAUCCUGGAGAAGUGUAAGAGCCAUUCUGACAAGAGGAACAUAGCUUUCAUGCAGGAGCUGCGCUGUCUUUUUGCUCUCAUGGUGGGCUCCACUCGCAAAUUUGUUGAUCCUUCUGCUGCAGUGGAGUUACUGCGAGACGCCUUCAGGAGUGCCGAGGCCCAACAGGAUGUCAGUGAGUUUUCCCACAAACUGCUUGACUGGCUCGAGGACGCAUUUCAGCUGGCAGCCAAAGAGAACGUAGAAGACAAACGAAAAAACCCCAUGGUCCAGCUUUUCUAUGGUACCUUUGUGACAGAAAGGAGACAUGAGGGUAAGACGAUGUAUAACAUCGAGCAGUUUGGCCAAUACCCCCUGCAAGUCAACGGCUUCAACAACCUGGAUGAAUGCCUAGACGGUGCUAUGGUUGAGAAAGAGAUUGAGUCUCUACAUUCAGAUCACAGCAUGACAUCUGGCCGUGAGAGAUGGUUCAAAAAGUUACCACCAGUCUUGACAUUUGAACUGUCUAGAUUUGAAUUCAACACCCAGCUGGGUCGUCCUGAAAAGAUACACAAGAGACUGGAGUUCUCACAAAUCAUUUAUAUGGACAGAUAUCUUCACAAAAACGUACAACAGACCCAUGAGAGGAGAUUAGAAGUAAAAAAACUCAAGGAACAACUAGCAGCCCUUCAACAGAAACUUGAGUGUUACAAAAACUAUGGCUCUGGACCUACCAAGUAUCCUCUGGCUGACAUGCUGCAGUUUGUGCUGGAGUUCGCCACCACCAAGCCCACAAGUGUUUCCCCAGCUGAAGAUCCAAGACCAGCUUCUCCGACUCCUGCAAGCCACCCCCUCAGUGACAGCAGUGAAUCAGGAGACACAGAUUCAAUGGAGGGUCCAGUUUCCAGUGUUUCCAGUUGUCAGCGGACCCCCAUAUACAAGCCCUUCACCCAGUGCAGACACCCUGUUGACUGCCCACCACACCCUGCCCCCCGCAGCGUCACUGAAGAAGAACUGCACUUUGUUAAGACCUGCUUGCAGCGUUGGAGGACUGAAGUAGAGAAUGACAUAAAUGAGCUAAAGGCCAAUAUCGACAGGCUCACUCAGAUGCUGGAGGUCAUGUACACAGGCAACUGUCUCUGCCAGGCGCCCUACAGACUCCAUGCAGUGCUGGUCCAUGAAGGCCAGGCAUCAGCAGGCCAUUACUGGACUUACAUUUAUGACCAUGCUAACCAGCGCUGGAUGAAGUAUAAUGAUGUGAGCAUUACCGAGUCAUCAUGGGAGGAGCUGGAGCGAGACUCGUUUGGCGGAAUGACUAACGCCAGUGCCUACUGCCUAAUGUACAUUGAUGACAGGUUACCCUCCCUUAUCACAGAAGACACAGACGAUGAGACAGGCCAGGUGCUGCGUGGCAUGGACUCCCUGCCAUCCAUCCUCAGGCGCUACGUCCAUGAAGACAACCGCUGGUUCCAGCAGGAGCUCAUUGAAUGGGAGGAGCAGUUUGGCCGGACCGCGAGCCCACAGGGAGAGUCUACCGCCUUUGCAGAGCCCCCAAACCCCAGUCCAGGUAAUAUACCCCAAACAGAAGUGGAGCAAGCACCCCAGUCUGGACCAACCACUGAGGAGCUGGACCAGACAUCCUCUUCAGAGCAGGAACCUGACACAGAAGCAGUGAAAGACCCAGAGCCUGAUCCCAGAGAGAAGCCUGAAGAAUCUGAGUUAACGCCACCACCACCACCCCAGAGCCCCGGCUGCCAGCCAGACGACACCAGCUGUGCGGCAAUCACUGACACUCUGGGGCCCAGCGAGAGCUCCACCUCAGCUGAGAGAGAGCUUCAGUCUCAGACUUCUGGCCCUGAAGCAGAGCUUAGUAGCCCGGCACCAGCUGACCUCCAUGUGGAGAAGGACGAGACACAGGCAGCAGGCCUUGGCCCUCAGGCUGAAAGCGAGCCAGAGGCUUCCAGCGUGGCACCUGAAGAUGAAGCAAAGCAAGAGGAGCAGGAGGAGCAGGAGGAGCAGGAGGAGCAGGAGGAGCAGGAGGAGCAGGAGGAGCAGGAGGUCCCGGCCAGACAGCGACAGACUGAAAACGAGGUCUCAGAAGUGGAGAUACCCAACGUAGGCAGAAUCAUGGUUAGGGCUGACGCUGAUGGAUACAAUGAAGAGAUGAUGCUGACUCCAGCAAUGCAGGGCAUCAUUCUAGCCAUUGCCAAGGCCAGACAAACCUUCGAUAAGGAAGGCCCAGAGGCUGGCCUCAUCAAGGCCUUCCACGAGGAGUAUUCCCGCUUGUAUGAGCUCUCCCAGGAGGAGACCACACCCCAGGAGGAUGCUCGUCUGCAGCACGCUCUGGUCUACUUCUUCCAGAACAAGGCACCUAAUCGCAUUAUUGAGAGGACGCUGUUGGAGCAGUUUACUAACCGCAACCUGAGCUUCGAUGAAAGAGCCAUCAGUAUCCUGAGGGAAGCCCGAACCAAGCUGCGCCUCAUCAAGCCAGAGGACAUGGAUAUGGAUGAGUACUUGCAGUGGCAUGAUGACUACAAGCUGUUCAGAACGGUGUUUGUCUACCUGCUGACCGGACUGGAGCACUACCAGCAUGAGAAGAUGCGAGAGGCACUGAUCUUCCUGGCUCAUGCGUACGAGACCAACGCAACCCUGCUAAAGAAUGGAGAGAAGCGUGGCAUGGACAAGUGUCUUAUUGCCGUUUACAGGAGGAAAUGUCUCACUGCAUUGAAUGAAAGCGCAUCUCGGCUGUUUUGCAGCGGUGAGGAGACCAAUGUGGAGGAGUGCAUCGCCAUCAUGGACGAGGCCGUCAUCCCCUGCCUUCACCUGAUGAGCCGAGACUCGGCUCUAUCCCAGGAAGACCGGGACGCCAUGGAGAGCAUCCGCAGCCACUGGUGCUGCUGCCUGGGCCAGGACAUGGAAGACUCAUUGCAGAUGAAGUUGGGUGAGUUUCUGCCUCGGGUUCUGGACGGUUCGGCUGAGACGGUAGUUCUUAAAGACCCGCCCAAAGUCCAUGUCAACCAGGCCCACGACCUGUGCAGUCGCCUGGCCGCUGUCAUGGAGUCCAUCCACAGCACCUCAAUAGUCAGCGUUAAAUAAAGCCCUGAAUGAAUCCCCCCCCCCCCCCCACCCUCGGGCAAACUCCUUGAGCCGUGCGCCCGACCUGCAAGCAACUUGGCUGAUAGUUCAUCAUUUCGUGUCGACAGACCGUGGGUGUUGAGACGGCGUGUAGUUUUCAACGAGCCAAAUCAUGCGUUUCAUUUUAUCUGCUGGCUUAUCAUUGCACAUGCAUAUCCUUGAUGGUUUGACAUAGCAAACUGUAAGCACUCUUUAGGGGUAGACAGGCUUCAAAAGUCUCCAAAUGAUCCACAUACGUCCUCUGUAUUCUUCUCAGAGGGCGUAUGCCUUCUGCCCAGUACACUGUUAGUAAAAUGUUUUAAAUAUACUUAGAAAAAAUCAUAAUGGCCUUAUAGCAGCAGCAGGUCAUGCAGAAAAGGCUAUUGUAUAUAUAUAUAUAUAUAUAUAUAUAUAUAUAAUAUUACUGGAAUCGGCUUCUCGACAGUCCUAAAAAUGUUCAUGAAACCAAGCUGCCGAACAAAUAACAUGUCUUCACUAAGCGAAGAGAGUCGCUUGAAACUCUGAAUUUUUUUUAGUGGCUUCAACCUUGUUCAAUUUAAAUACUCAAUAUGUUCACUUAAAUUAGUCAGAUUUAUUUUUAUGUCGCUAAGCAGUGUGAACGCACAAGAAGGCCUUUAAAGCAGGGCUUUAAAAGAAACACACUAGAGUUGUACUGCACAUUAACAAAUGCUUUUUAAAAAAUAUAUGUUUUAUAUUAAUUUGUAUUUUUCACAACAGGACAUUUUACAUGUAGGUGAAGCUAGAAAGAAACUUCCUAUUAUGCAUAUAAUAUGAAUGGCAGGGCAGGGCGUUCUGUAAACCUUUUUUAAAAAGAGCUGCUCCAAGCAGUAGAUCUGUGCACUCUAACUAUUAGUCUGUGGAAACUCUUCUUGGUUUAAGUUGGUCAGUGUCCUGUUGGUCAGCACUUUGCUCAAUCAUGUAAACCCCCAAAAAAUGAAAGACAUGAAGUCCUUUUUAUUUUUGUUGGUGUCCCGCUAAUGAAUCCUCUAUGUGAGGAUUGUUUUUCAGGCCAGCAGCGUGGAGCCAUUUCUGGCUUGUGAUGUCACAGCUUCUUCCCUUGUACACUGUGAUGAUACUCAAUAAAUGUUUGAAAUAC